GGGAGGACGUUGUUCUACGCCACGUCACCGGUUUCUUUGCUGCUAAUUUACGCCUCCACGUUGCUAGCCUGACCUUCGAGCUUUUUCUUCAACCCGACAAUCUAGCCAUUAGCUAACCUUCUCCCUUGUUGGGGCGAUCUUAUCCCGUUUCAUCCCUGCAUCUUUUCCCGCUCUCUUCCCGGCUAAUGUUCUCAGUUCAUUGAGUCAUCAAUCAUGCUGGGACAUUCCAAGCUGGAGUGCUUGUUUCUUCGAAUUGCACUUGCUUUGUGCAUACUUAUUAGCUGUCUGAGCUUUGGGAAUGCAGGGAUCACCAGUACAUUCAUUCGAUCAGAAUGGCCAUCCAUUGAUAUGCCUCUUGAUAAUGAUGUAUUUGCUAUUCCAAAAGGUCACAAUGCCCCUCAACAGGUGCAUAUCACCCAGGGUGACUAUGAAGGCAAGGCCGUUAUUGUCUCAUGGGUAACACCUGAUGAUCCAGGGCACAAUAGUGUCCAUUAUGGUACUUCAGACGAAAGUUAUGAGUUCACUGCAGAGGGAACAGUGACAAACUACACCUUUUAUAAAUACAAGUCUGGUUACAUUCAUCACUGUCAUGUUGGUGACCUCAAGUACAAUACCAAGUAUUAUUACAAGAUUGGGAGUGGUGAUUCUGCUCGAAAAUUCUGGUUUCAGACACCCCCAAAGAUUGAUCCUGAUGCUUCUUACAAAUUUGGGAUAAUUGGUGAUUUGGGCCAGACAUUCAAUUCUCUUUCUACUCUACAGCAUUAUAUGAAGAGUGGUGGGCAGACAGUAUUGUUUCUUGGAGAUCUCUCUUAUGCUGACAGGUAUCAAUUUAAUGACGUUGGUCUAAGAUGGGAUUCAUGGGGUCGAUUUGCGGAGCAAAGUGCAGCAUAUCAACCUUGGAUUUGGUCUGCUGGAAAUCAUGAAAUAGAGUACAUGCCUUACAUGGGUGAAGUUGAACCUUUCAAAUCCUACAUUCAUCGAUAUCUGACACCUUAUUUAGCAUCCAAAAGCAGCAGUCCUCUUUGGUAUGCAAUCAGGCGGGCAUCAGCUCAUAUUAUAGUGUUAUCUGCCUACUCUCCAUUUGUGAAGUACACACCUCAAUGGCACUGGCUUCGUGAGGAGUUGGGAAGGGUUGAUCGGGAGAAGACGCCAUGGUUGAUUGUUCUUAUGCAUGUUCCAAUCUACAAUAGUAAUGAAGCACAUUUCCAGGAGGGUGAAAGUAUGCAAUCAGUAUUUGAAAGCUGGUUCGUGAAGUACAGAGUUGAUGUUGUCUUUGCUGGUCAUGUCCAUGCUUAUGAACGAUCGUAUCGCAUCUCAAGUGUCAACUACAAUGUAAGUGGUGAUCAUCACACCAUAGCAGACAAAUCAGCCCCUGUUUACAUCACAGUUGGAGAUGGCGGUAACCAGGAAGGUCUUGCUGGAAGGUUUAAAGAUCCACAACCAGAGUACUCAGCAUUUAGAGAAGCCAGCUAUGGGCAUUCAACUUUGGAAAUCAAAAAUAGGACUCAUGCAUUUUACCACUGGAACCGAAAUGAUGAUGGGAAGAAAGUGGCAACAGAUGAAUUCAUACUACACAAUCAAUACUGGGGACGUAACCAUCGAAGGAGAAAACUGAAGAAACAUAUUCAGAUGGUGAUUGAUGAAGCAUGACCUCUUGAAAUUUUAGCCAUUAAGCGCCUGAGGUACAAUAGCUUGAUACUGCUUGUGUGAGGAAGUACACUUAUAAUAUGCGUCUGUUUUAUUGAGAUGUUUAGCUCUUAUCUCUGGCUUUUCAAAUGGGUUCACUAGUUUGGGAAUGUAAUAAUGUUUCGAUGGAUCUAAAACAGUUUAUGGAUAGCUUUGCCUAUAUUUUCAGAGGUCAGCUUUUGAGAUGAACAGGCCAUGCCCGGUGGCUAUUAAUAUCUUUUAGUAAUCCCAAGGAAACUUCCCA